AUGCCACUAUGGCUUUUCACUGACCAGUACGACUUGGUGGUACCGAAUACGGUCCAAGACAUCGUGAUUGCGGUGCUUUGCAUGCUAUUCAUAGCAUUCCUUCUGAUUCCGCAACCAUUUUGCGCCCUCUGGGUAGCUUUCACCAUCGGAUCCAUCGAUCUGGGCGUCCUCGGCUACAUGACACUCUGGGGUGUGAACCUGGAUGCAAUUUCGAUGAUAACGAUCAUCAUGUCCGUUGGAUUCUCUGUGGACUACUCCGCCCACAUUCUGGUUUGGUUUGAUGUUUUUGUGUUUAUCACCUACGGCUAUGUGAUCUCAAAGGAACCUGACCCACGAGACAGAGUCGUGAUGCCCUCGGCGACCUCGGGUGGCCAGUUGUUCAAGGUCUGUCCAUUAUUAACUGAAUUCAGUGGAAAUGCCGUAUUUCUGGCGAUCUCGAUUGGAUUAAUUCAUGGCCUCAUCUUCCUUCCCUUGAUGUUGUCGCUAUUUGUUCGAGCACAACAGUAUAAUUUCCCAGCUGAAUUUCGACCUAUGAGCCAUUUGCGGGGUUCCAACCCGUGGCUCGAAAUGAAGUUUGCUGACGCCUUCGACUCAUCUACAAUGUCGUCGAUUCUGGAUGCACCUCCACUCGUACCUACGAGACCGCCAAGCACCGCUCAACAGCCACCCGACAAACCUCCUCCAUUACCGCCGAAAAAUUUCAAAUUUUAG